GAAAGUUUGUGGCGCAGUCAAAUUCAUUCGCAUAUUUCGUCUUAACGGUUCAAAAGCUGUAGUCGCUGAAGUUUGAUUGUUUUGUUAUUCCCCCCUUUCUUUUUCUUUACAACUUUUAGAAUUUUCGAAAUGGCGUUUGUUUAAUUUAUUGGAUCAAAUGGAAAGGUCAGUUUAGUGAGGUUUUGGUUAAAUUAGAAGAACUCCUAUCUUUUGACUGGUAGAUAGAUAUCAAUACAUUUUGGGAGAAUCCAACUUGGGGUUUCUCCAUUCCUGCAUAUUUUUUUCUGCGAGUUGGAAUUGCAUUCGUUCCUCUUCUGCACAUGCCUUUCAAUUCUUUCAAAUUCAUUGAUUGAUGAUCAAGAAAUGAAGAGGACGGAUGCCUUAAUGAGCGUAUCAGUCAACUGCUAUCUGCACUUUAGUGGAAUAAUGGCCCUCAAGGUCGCUUGAUCUUCCUGAAAUGUGCUUGAUUAUGGAUAAUAUUUAUGGUGGUUGAGGUUCAAAUUAUUUGGGUUUAUUUACCAUUUAUUAUGUUGGAAUUGAUAAGUUGGAUCCAAAGAUUGCAAAGGUCAGGAAAGGAAGAUGCAUUGUGUCCUUGAAGACAUAAGCACUGAAAGUCCAGAAGUUUCAACGCCAGGAAAGGACUCCUUGAGGAAUCAAGAACAGCAACAGAUAUCUACAACACCUUUUAAGGAUUGUGAAGAAUCUGCUCUUUCAGGAAGCAACUCUGAUAGCGGGUGCCCCAUCCUUGCGUUCCUUACUUUUGAGCCUGAUGGAAACUGGAAAAUUGUUGCAUUACCUGGGUGGUGUCUCGGUCAUACUAAUUUAGCAUCUGGAGUAAUUAUGGAUGGCCUGCAACUUGUUCUCCCUACACCUCUUAAUAGGUCAAAAAUUGAUCAACAUAAGGGGUUAAGAGCAACCGUGCCUGACUAUGCUUAUUCACUGAAAUCAUUUCCGGGAAGAAGCAGUGCUGGAUCAAAUGUCUAUCGGCGAUGUCAAAAUAAGAUUGCAAACAGAGCUGCUAAGCUGAAUGAAAUCUCUGGGAAUUCUUGUUCCCAUCCCUUGAUCUCCAGUAAUUCCUCUGGUGUAUUUGCUGAUAGCUCUGCUGCAGUUAAUUCAUCUAAUAAAUUCAUGAGUAAUUUCAAAGCAGACAAAUCUGUGAAGAAAAAUUCUAGAAAAAAGGCAAAAAAGAAAGGUAGACAGAGCAAGAAGCAAUUGAGUGAUAGUAGCUCAACUGAACCAGAAGUUCUUUCUGAGGCAUAUGGUUGUACAGGCUUGGCUCCUGAAGCUUGUGCCAAUAAUGAUGCGGAUGAUCAGAACAUGCUGAUUUCUUACCCAAAUGGAUCAGAAUUUUUAUCUUCUAAUCAUAAAUUAAUUCAAAAUGAUUCUGAAAGGCAUGGGAUGGAUAACAGAAAUAAUCUGGCUGAGUCACCAAAAACUUGCACAUCUAGUACUGAUGAGGCGGAUAUGCCAGAAGCUACCUCAUCUGUGGUUCAGAAAUCUACUGGAGAAUCUGCCAUCCGUAACUCAAAGAAUCAACUCCCAAACAAUGCCUCGGAGUUUCCAGUGGCCGAUGGAACUACAAAGGACAUGCAACAGAAUCAUUCUGCCCUGUAUCCUGGAGAUUUGCCUGGUAUGCAAGACUCUUCGGUGUUGGAUUCAGUUUCUGUAGCUUCAAACAGUGAUGCAAGUACCAAUACUGGAGUUUUUGAAAAGAAAUCCAACAAGGCAAUUUGCAGAACCAGUUGUUCAGAACCACCUGUUUCAAAGUCGGAAGAUGGAUAUCUCGCUAGCCAAGGCUUAUUGGAUGCUGUUGGUAGUGACCUUGACCAUAAUGAGGGAAAUAGGUAUGGUGCUCAGAACUGCAGCAGUGGUGAUAAGAGAGUCAAGCAAAAGAGAACAUCCCAGAGUUGUGUCAACAAAAUUGGUGCUGGAAAUUUCCAUUGCCGUACAGGAAAAGAAAACAGCCAUUCUGUCUGGCAAAAGGUUCAAAAGAAUAAUGCCGAUGAAUGCAAUGGUGAUGCAAAAAAAGUGAAUGCAAGUUUGCCUCAGUGUGAUUCCAGUUUGAAAAAGGCUCCUUCAGUCAAUAGGAACUGCAAUUCUGAUUGUGCAAAUAGUCUAUCUAAAACAGAUACUAAGAAACACUCAAAAAGUAAAGUUAACAGGAAAUCAAAAUGGAAAAUGGAUUCAGAUUCACAAAAAGGAUACCUCAGUUAUUCAAGGAAGGGAUCCCAUUUGAACAGGUCCAUCUUUAGUGAUAAUGCAGAUGUUAGUGUUCGACUGAAUGACAUGCCACAUGUCUCAUCUCAAGAAAAUAGUCAAGAAGUAUCAGGCAGUGUCUCUGAAUCUCAUUCUGGUUUUAAUCCUCCAAAGGAUGAGCUUGAAACCAAAGGAAAUCAACAGAUAACAUCUGAAUCAGUUGACAAUGCACAAUUUCAUCUGGAGGAUUCAGAUCUACCAAAGGAUGUCUUGCAUAACACUUCAACCAUGAAGAAUCAAAAUACAGAAAAUCAGAAUAGCUCCUUGUCAACACCUUCUGAUGACAUCGACCAAUCUAGUGUGUCAGAGGAGCCGCCUCCAAUUCAUUCCCAUCUUUCAGGUCAUGAGGUUGAUCAAACAGAGAAAGAAGCUUCCUCUGCAGCUUACAAUGUGCAAAACAGCAGUUCCGGAUCUAUCCUCUGGAAAUGGAUACCAAUUGGGAAGAAGGAUACAGGGAUGGCCACAUCUGGAUCUGAUAGUUCAACCCCAGAGUGUUCUGACGAACAACUGCAUGAGAAUUCUACAUUGGAAAGAGAUAGUGAACGAAAAGAGCUCUACUUUUCAGAAAAGAAGGUUUCUCUAUUAAAUGAAAACAAUGCUGAACCAAAAGAGGUCUCCUUUUCAGAAAAACAGGUUUCUUUAUCAAAUGAAAACAGAACAUGCAUGGAUCAGAUUUCCAAUAGUUUUUCUUGUCUAGAUGAGGAUGAGAAUAAAGAACUGGGGAAUCAGGUAGCAUCUAAUAAUAUAUCAGAGCAUGAAGACAAGCAUGUAGCUGAUAAUCACUCAAUUAAUGAAUAUGAGUAUCGUGGAGCAUCAGAAAAUUAUUCGUUCAGAAUCACUCAAGCAAUAAAUGAUGCUUGUAGAUUACAAGUAGCAUGUGAAGGUGUACACAUGGCCACUGGUGGCCCAAUUGCAGAGGUUGAAAGACUACUUCAUAAAUGUAGUCCUUUUAUUUGCCAAUCUUCCCAUUCCCUCAGUUCUUUGACCUUCCCACAAGACACAGCUAACAGCGCAACGCUCUGCAGACAUGUGACACCUGACCUAACUUUGGGAUGCAUGUGGCAAUGGUAUGAGAAACAUGGGAGCUAUGGGCUAGAGAUAAGAGCUCUGGAUUGCACUUCAAGGAGACUGGGUGGCAGUCAUGUUCCAUUCCGUGCAUAUUUUGUUCCUUCUUUAUCUGCAGUGCAGCUAUUUAAAGACCACAAAGUUCAAUAUAUGCCUAGCAGAGACAAUUUUGGUGAUUGUAACAUUUCAGAGGCUUGUGAAAUCAGGGACAUGCCUGUACACUCAUCUGCUUGUCAACAUCCAAAUUUUUCUGUAGGCUUUCCUCAGCCUCAGGAUCGGGAUGCAAACAUUCCAAUUCCCAAAAGUCAAAUGCAUUGUUCUGAACUAUCUUCAUCUGCUACAGAUAAUGGGUCUGGUCCAGCUAUCAACUCAUCAUAUUAUGGUGACUUAGAGCUUCUUUUUGAAUAUUUUGAAUGUGAACAACCUCAGCAAAGGCAGCCUCUAUAUGAGAAGAUAGAAGAGCUGGUAAGGGGUUCUGUAUCCUCGCAGUCCAGGAUGUAUGGGGAUCCUACUAUACUGGAUUCAGUAAACUUGCAAGAUCUUCACCCUAGAUCCUGGUUCUCUGUGGCAUGGUAUCCUAUAUACCGCAUACCAUAUGGCAACUUCCGUGCAGCUUUUUUGACUUACCAUUCACUUGGACAUUUGGUUCAGAGAAGUAUAAAGAAUGAUUCACCUACUUUAGACUCUUGCAUAGUUUCUCCAGUUGUGGGUCUUCAAAGUUACAAUGCCCAGGGUGAAUGCUGGUUCCAGCUGAGUCAGUCUGCACAAGCAGCAGAAAUGCUGGGCUUAAACCCUUCUAUACUUCUUAAAGAGCGAUUACGUACUCUGGAAGAAACUGCAUCUCUCAUGUCAAGAUCUAUUGUCAACAAGGGCAAUUCAAUCUGCACAAGUGUACAUCCUGACUAUGAAUUUUUCCUCUCUAGGCGGCGCUAGUGAGAUCUCGUAGUUUUUCCCCAUCAUAGUUGAUCGAGUAGUCUCUGUAGAUGCGAAUAAUUUUGGCUGCCUUCAAAUAGGAUCUGAUCUCAGGUAGGAACUAGAAGUGGCCAAUUGAGUUGCAUCCAAGGCUGAAUAAUCCAUUUGUACAUAACAUAGUUUUCCCUUAUUGCUCUUAUUUUAUCCGAUACUGAUCUAGUUCUUCCUUCUCUUGUAGUGCUGAUGUUGAUAGAAACUACCAGUUUUACUGGAAAUUUUUCUAUAAUAAAUCAGUUCAUAGUUCCUUAUUA